AUGCCGUCGCUGAAGUCCAUCAACGUCGACCUCCGCAGCUGCUGUGUGUCUACCACCGAGCUUCGCUCAGGCGCGACCAAGGCUGAACUGGUCCGCUACAUCUACGACAACCCUGCCACUGUCGACAAGGACUUCAGGCCUUACGUCCUCAUUGCCGACACUCCCCCUGCGAUGACCUCUGUCACGUCCACCCUGGAGGAGCUUCGCGCGAUCGCCAACAAGACCCUCGACGCGGUGACCACCGUCGCGGCGGCUGUCUCCAUUCCAGCUGUCUCCGCUCCAGUCGCCUCUGUCGCUGGGCCUCCCCCUCCUGUCCCCUCCGUCGCUGGCCUUCCCGCUCCAGUCGCCUUCGUCGCUGGCCCUCCCGCUUCUGCGGUCGCCAUUGCCACUCCUGCGGUCGCCACCCCUCAGCCUAGUCUAAGUGCUGCUGGCGCCCAUACGGUAAUUUGGAGUCGCAUCGUCAAUGUUUCAAACAUAACCAACAACACUGCCGGGCUCCAGUACCCAGGCCCCCACCCCUACGUUUUGCGAACAGUUCAACCUCACGGGCGCAUGCAGCCUCAGCGGCUGCCCCGACCUUCACCGCUGCGCGCGCUGGGACGCUGA